GUUAGCAGCGGAGGCUAAAGCGAGACCCCCGAACUGCCCCGAAUCUGCCUAAAAAAAAUAAAAUAAAAAAAAAUAAAAAUAAAAAUGAUGCCUAACAACCAAAGACUGGACGUGCUGGUGGGGGAGCGCCUCGCCUUGGCCGCGCAGGAGAUCUUUUCGCUUUUCGACGCCGCGGUGCUGGAGUACAAGAACGAGAUCAUCCGCCUGGGGAAGGAGACGGAGCGGCAGCAGCGGCUCCUCAACGCGGCGUACAACCCUCGCGUCGUCCUGGAGCCCGCGCGGAUCGACCUGGUGAGCCCCGCGCCGACGCCGUGCGCGAAAGUCAAGGAGGAACCCGUGGAGAUCGUGCACAUCAAAGAGGAGUACGAGGCGGUGUGCGUGGACCAGGAGAACGCGCUGGAAUUCGGGUUGGGAAUUUUCGGGAACGAGCAGGACGCGGGGCCACUGCAGGACAAAGAAGAGGAGGAAGCGGCGGCGGCGGCGACGAGCGUCUCACCUGCGCAUCCCCAGGGCCUGAUCCCGACGCGAGACACCGACGACGACGAGUGGGCGCCGUGCUCCAGCAAAGUUACGCAAAAAAGGCAGAGGAGCCGACGCGUUUUCAAGGAAGAACCUAUCAUGAUUCAGCUCAACAACAACAGCGCUGCGAGCGACGUGUGCGACGACGCCAGUAACAUCAAACUGGAAACUUGCGAGUGCGGGAAGGUCUUCGUGAGUAAGGAGGAUUUGUUCAAACACGUGGAGACUCAUGUCAAAGAGAGACCUUACGCGUGUUCGAUUUGCGGGAAACGGUUCACGGUGAAGAAGAACAUGGAAAUCCACAUGCGGAUUCACACGGGAGAGCGACUUUAUGCGUGUACCGUGUGCGACAAGCGGUUCGUCCAAGCCUCAACGCUCAAUUCGCACAUGAGGACGCACACGCGGGACAGCGCCUUCAGUCGGCCCGGCGGGAGUAAACCCCGGGCGAUGGACACGGCCGCAGCGAAGCCGUUCAAGUGCCCCGUUUGCCAAAAAAGUUUCAAACUGAAAGCGUACUUGCAAGCGCACAUCAUGGUACACGUCGCGGACAGACCGUUCAGCUGUCCGGAGUGUCCGAAGACGUUCCGACGGAAAGUUUAUCUCAAAAACCACAUGGCGAUCCACAGCAAGGAGAAGAUCUUCAACUGCAAAGAAUGUACGUCGAGUUUCCCGGACUUCGAGAGCCUGAUGCGGCACAAAAAAAUGGCGCACAUCGCGGUCAGGCCUUUCGGCUGUUCGAAGUGCAACCGGAAGUUUAAGGACGAGGCGUCGCAGCAGCUGCACAUGGCGGUGCACACGGGCGACAAACCGUUCAGGUGUCCGGUGUGUCACACGGGGUUCACGCUCAAGUCGAACCUUUGCACGCACAUGAAAAAACACAAAAAACGCAAAGACGUGGCGUCGUUUUACUGCGCCGCCUGCAGCAUCCACUUCCUGUCCAAGGCGAACUUCCUCAACCACAAAGCGACGGUGUGCAAAGACGGAGCGACUAUCGAUUUAACGUAGGCCUGUCACGAUAACGACGCAGUCUGAAGUGCGAUUUUUAUGAAGUAAACACGGACGAUAAAUGAAAAUAUUAAAGCGAACGACACAAUAAAAACAGAAUAAAACCACGGAAACGAUUCAAAUGUAAAAUACUGUUAAAAAGUCAAAAGGUGUAAUAACGAAACAUGAAUGAACAAAAUCAGUGUGUCGUUCGGUCAUUAGUUUUUCAAAAUAAAACCAAAAAAUAAGAAAAUGGAAAAUAAUAAUAAUAAAAAAUCUUCAUUAUUUGUCUCCAAAAUCAAAAUGAAAAAACAGAUAAAGAUUCAUUUUUUCAGUUUUCGAGUUUGUGUUUAAAUGAAAAGUGGAAAAAAACAAAUAACGACCUGAAUCAGGACUAAACCAGGACUAAACUAGAACUAAACCAGGAUUUAACCAGGUUUAAACAAGGUCUAAACCAGAACUGGACAAGGACUUAACCAGGUCUAAACCAGGUCUGAACCAGGUCUAAACCAGGUUUAAACCAGGUCUAAACCAGGUCAGUCCAGGUCUCAGUCCUAAACACAAAUCACACAAAUAAAAAAAAAAAAAAAAGAAUCAUCUAUUUUUUCAUUUUGGUUUUGGAGACAAAUAAUGAAGAAAAUUGUUUUUUUUUGGUUUUGUUUUGUUUUCUUAUUUUUAGUUUUAUAUUGAAAAACAAACGAACGACACAUGGAUUAAACACUUUAGUAUUUAGUUUGCAUCUGUAAUGAGUCAUAAAAGUCAUUAAUUCAACUUUACGUAAUCAAAAAAGUAACUAAAAAUCUCCCUGAGUGUGCAAAGAAAAAAGUACAGAUGGUAAAUAUUGACCCCCAGAAAUACUGCUGUGACGCUAACUGGAGGCACUGCUCUGUCUGAAGCUCUGUCACUCAAAUUAAACUUUAAUUUACUUUUAUUUUAACACAAUUUAACCAGAAAAACUGUUUUAACUUGAACUACAACAGGAACAACAUUACAACAUUACAACAUUACAGUCACCGGCUUUGACAAACUUUAUUGAUCCGCAAACGAGAUUAUUUUGUCACUCUGACCUUUUUGUCGAAAAUCAAACACCUAAACAGGACCAUGAACGCUCGCAUUGACCCCAAGCGCCUAAAAAUGUGCUGCUUAAAUUUAUUUUCAAUUUUUUCUCAAGUUUUCAGACAAUUUUAAACUUUUUUUUUUUUUGCAGUGUUUGCUGAGUGUUUUUUUUUUUUUUUUCCCCUUGAGUUUCCAGAUUGGCAAACGGAGCCGAAAAAGUUUAAAAAUAACGUUUGCGUUGUGUUGCUGUGGUAGCUGCUGAACAUUUCGCCAUAGACACACAUGUAGGACAUCCCCGGUAUGACGUCACUGCACAGAAUCAGUUUUCUCUUGAUACUUGGUUUAAAUCCAUUGUGCAUUUUUUAUUGAGUUUCCAAAUUCGUAAUCAGAGACGACGUAUGCAUUGUACCACGAUAGCUGCUCAACAUUUUUCCAUAGACACGCGUGUAGGACACCCCCGACCGUGACGUCACUGCAAAGCGUCAGUUCUCUCUUCAUACUUGGUUUAAAUCCAUUUUGCAUUUUUCCUUGACUUUCCAGAUGAAUAAACAGAGCCAAUUUUUUUUUUUUUUCCACAUUUGCAUUGUGUUGCCAUGGCAGCUGCUGAACUUUUUUCCAUAGACACGCAUGUAGAGCGUCAGUUCUCUCUCGAUACUGGGUUUAAAUCCAUUUUGCAGUUUUUCUUGACUUUCCAGAUGAGUAAACCGAGCCAAAUUCUUUUUUUUAACAUUUGCAUUGUGUUGCCAUGGCAGCUGCUGAACUUUUUUCCAUAGACACGCAUGCAGGACACCCCCCACCGUGACGUCACUGCAAAGCGAGUUUUCUCUUGAUACUUGGAUUAAAUCAAUUUUGCUUUUUUUUUCUCUCUCUUGAGUUUCCAGAUUAGCAAACAGAGCUGAAAAAAGUUUUAAAAUAAUGUUUGCAUCGUGUCGCCGUGGUAGCUGCUGAACAUUUCUCCAUAGACAUGCAUGUAGGAUGUCACUCCAAAGCGUCAGUUCUCUCUUGAUACUUGGGUUUAAUCCAUUUUGCAUUUUUUAGUUUAGUUUUCAGAUUACU